AUGGAAACCAGAGUCGAAAUGAAAGAAUCAACAGAAGCUGUUCCAAAAAGCAAUGUAUCUGAAGUUCAGGUGAAGAAAUUUUCUCGACUUCGAGGUGGCGGUUAUUGUCAUGGUCUUUGUUGUGCUAUCGUUGUUAUUACUAUUCUUAUUGUUAUUGGUUUAAUUAUUCUGAGUGCUGCCGGUUAUUUUUAUAAUAAUGAUAAUAAUAAUACCAAUGCUCGUAAUGCUGUUGUUGCUGGUGGUGUUAUUCUUGCGAUUGGUAUUCUUGGAUGUUUUGGUGCUAUAUGUCAAGCCUGUCAAGAUUCUUGCGAUUUUUGUUGUAAGUGUCAUCUUACUUGUUAA